AUGGUUAAGCUACAGGUCAUCACUUCUGCUCUGAGCCUUGCCUCCUUGGCAUUUGCAGCAGCACUGCCUGCUCCUCAUGUCUCUACUUGCAAGAAGCCUGCCAAACGACUCGAAUGGAGACAAAUGUCCACCAGCCAAAAACACAGCUACAUCUCCGCCGUCCUCUGCCUCCAAAAGAUCCCUUCAAUCUCCGGGUUCCCCUAUGCUAAAAACCGCUACGACGACUUCCAAGCCAUCCACCACGAUCAAGGCAACUACAUCCACUGGGUCGGAUUCUUCCUCCCCUGGCACCGCUACUUCGUCUGGGCCUACGAACAAACCCUCCGCAACGAAUGCGGCUACAAAGGCGCCCAGCCCUACUGGGACUACACCCUCGACGCCGACCCGCAGAACCUAAACUCCACCCGCAUCUACGAAACCGAUAUUUUCUCCCCGACCCUCGGCUUCGGCGGCAACGGCCCCAGAGUCAUCCCCACGCCCGAGCAAAACCCCCUAGGCGUCAACAACACGGGAGGCGGCUGCAUCCAAGACGGCCCCUUUGUCCCCAAGAACUUCAUGCUGAAUUUCCCCGGCCCCGAACCCCAGUGUCUCCGCCGCGACUUCAGUCCCAACCUGCUCAACCGUGGCGCCGACCCCAAAGUCGCAGAGAACAUCCUCAGCAAAGACACCUACGUCGCAUUCGACCGCGCGCUGCAGGGCGCCAAGAACUUCAUCAACCCCAAUAUCCACGCCGCAGGCCACUUUGGCGUCGGCGGCGUAUUCGGACAAGCGGGCGACGUGAAGAACUCGCCUGGCGAGCCGUUGUUCUGGCUGCACCACGCGUCGAUUGAUCGGCUGUGGUGGCUCUGGCAGCAGGGUAAUCUUGCGACGAGGAAUUUCGAGAUCGGUGGCAAUUUGGUGCCUGAGGUUUAUGGGAAUGAGACGGAGGUUACGCCCAAGUUUGAGAUUCAGCUUGGGGCGGUGGCGGGGACGGUUGCGUUGGCCAAGUUGCUGGAUGCGAGGGGGGAGGUGUUUUGUUACAGUUAUUAG